CACUCAUGGGAUUAUGCAUUAAGUUGCCUACUUCUUUGGAAACAACAUCAACCAGCCAGCCGUCAUUAUGAAAUUCUUGAUUGUUUUUGCCACGCUUGCCGUCAUGGCUUUCGCUGCUCCUGCCCAUGAUGAUCACCAUCAUCAUGAAGAUGCUGAAAUUUUGAAACUGGAUUCUGUUGUGGAUCAUGAUGGCUAUAAAUUUGUCUUGGAAACCAGUGACGGCACUGAACGCCACGAAGAAGGUAAACUCAAGGAAUUCCCUGGUGAUGAACACGAUCAUGAACCCCAUCAUGCCAUUGUUGUUCACGGUGACUACACCUGGAAGGAUCAUCAUGAUGGCAAGGUAUAUACUGUGCAAUAUGUUGCCGACGAGAAAGGUUUCCAACCCACUGGCGAUCAUCUUCCACAGAUUACAUACUAAAAUUAGAAAAUAAUUGUAAUAAAGGAGACGAGUUAUUCAUAA